CCACAGGAGGCUCUCAGAAGCUUGUAUUAUUUGGAUAAUUGGCUUAGGAGAAAGAUAUCUGAUUUACAGGCCAAAUUGACAUCGCAAUCGAGCCCGAAAAGCCCCUCCGCCAUUAUGGAUCUACAGCAGUCCCCCUUCAUAAGGGAGCUGGCUUCAAGCGGUAGGUAUUCGUAUUUCCUGAUGCCAUGUGCUCUUUACCUGGCUGAUUCUGACUCUGUGUUGAAGAAAGAAAAACUCGCGAUAAAGCAGUUGAGUCUCUAACCGCCUUUCUACGAAGCAAACGAGACCUGAAGCUAUUCGACCUCUUGAAAAUAUGGAAAGGACUAUUUUAUUGCUUCUACCACUCCGAUAAACCCCUUGUCCAGCAAGCCCUCGCCCGCUCCCUCUCAUAUACCCUAGUCCCCUCCCUACCAGAGCAGAUGGUAUUACCCUUUCUAAGAGCAUUCUGGAUAACAAUGUCACGCGACUUCCACUCUCUGGACAGAUUACGUCUAGACAAAUAUCUUUUCUUAAUAAGAUGCUAUGUGGGCGUUUCAUUCGAAUACUACUUGAAGCGCGGAGGGAAGAACAAACGCCAGUCGGGAAACAAUAGCACCGAAAACCAGAAAGGCAAGAAUAAGAGAAAGAGAGAAAACGACGAGGCAGAUAGCGAAGUAAAUGGUGGUUCGACCUCGCGGCGCAAAACGUCAAGUACAUCCGCCGUACAAGUACGCGAGGGAGACGAAUGGGCCGAGCUAGAGGCGUAUCUCGACAUGCUGGAAGAUGGCCCGCUAAGUCCGUUGAUCUUUGAUCCAAAUCCAUCCAAGCAGAUGUCAAACCAGGAAGAUGAGAACGGCGCAUUGGUUAAAGUGCCUAAGGGUCCGGAUGGGAUACGCUAUCAUCUCAUGGAUAUCUGGCUGGACGAGCUGGAGAAAUGCGCUACCGAGCCCGACGAGUCUAGUGCUGGAGAUGAUGAAGAAUCUCCAGCUACGAAACUAAAGGACGGUGUUCCGAUGGAGUUAUUACUUCGACCAAUUGAGAGGCUGCAGUCCGAGAGCCCGAAUAAGACGGUUAGAACCCGGGCUAAGGAGACGCUGGCUGAUGAAAGGCUGAUCUUGUGGGGUGUGAGGGAGCCAGAGAAGGCUGAAGAGGGCUCGGAUGAGGAAGAUGAAUGGGGCGGUAUAGAGGAUUAAUCGUGGUCUGUAAUUAUAGUAACAAUAAAGGCCU